AUGGAGCUACAUUGCUCCUUCCAGAACUCCUGGCUCAAAGACUUUCCUUGGCUGCGGUAUUCCAAGGAUACUGGCCUUAUGUCUUGCGGCUGGUGCCAAAAAACCCCUGAGGACGGGGGAAGCGGGGAUUCUCCCCAAGUGGGGCAUGAUGAGCUUUCCCGAGGGACCCGCAACUACAAGAAAACCCUUCUUCUGAGGCACCACGUUUCUACCGAGCACAAACUCAACGAAGCCAACGCCCAGGAGUCAGAAAUACCAUCAGAGGAGGGGUACUGUGACUUUAAUAGUAGGCCAAAUGAGAACUCUUAUUGCUAUCAACUUCUUCGACAACUAAAUGAACAGAGAAAGAAAGGUAUUCUUUGUGAUGUCAGCCUUGUGGUGAGCGGAAAAACCUUUAAAGCUCAUAAGAACAUCCUGGUUGCAGGCAGCCGUUUCUUUAAGACUUUAUAUUGCUUUUCAAACAAAGAAAGCCCUAACCAAAAUACUACACAUUUAGAUAUUGCUGCAGUUCAAGGUUUUUCAGUCAUCUUGGACUUCUUAUAUUCUGGUAACCUGGUGCUCACAAGCCAAAAUGCCAUUGAAGUUAUGUCAGUGGCCAGCUACCUUCAAAUGAGUGAAGUUGUUCAAACUUGCCGACAUUUCAUUAAAGAUGCCUUAAAUAUAAGCAUUAAAUCAGAAGCUCCAGAAUCUGUUGUUGUGGACUAUAAUAAUAGAAAAUCAGUUAAUAGAGAUGGUCUUUCUUCAUCACGGGAUCAAAAAAUUGCCAGUUUUUGGGCAACACGGAAUCUUACCAAUUUGGCAAGUAACGUCAGAAUUGAAAAUGAUGGUUGCAGUGUCGACGAGGGCCAAAUAGAAAACUGCCAAAUGAAUGACAGUAGUUGGGUCCAGGAUGGUUCUCCUGAAUUGGCUGAAAAUGAAUCUCAAGGUCAAACAAAAGUGUUUAUUUGGAAUGAUAUGGGCUCCCAGGGAAUUCAAGAGACUGGCAAAACAAGAAGGAAAAACCAAACUACAAAGAGAUUUAUUUAUAAUAUACCACCUAAUAAUGAAGCAAAUUUAGAAGAUUGCUCAGUGAUGCAGCCUCCUGUUGCCUAUCCAGAAGAAGAUUUGCCAUUUAUCAAGGAAGAACCAGAUUUGGAUGGUGCUCUACUCUCAGGGCCAGAUUGUGAUAGGAAUGUGAAUGCAAACUUAUUGGCUGAAGCUGGCUCCAGUCAAGAUGGAGGUGAUGCUGGUACCUCACAUGAUUUCAAGUAUGGUUUGAUGCCUGGCCCUUCAAGUGAUUUCAAGUAUGGCUUGAUACCCGGUACUUCAAAUGAUUUCAAGUAUGGAUUGAUACCCGGUGCUUCAAAUGAUUUCAAAUAUGGAUUAUUGCCUGAAUCUUGGCCAAAACAAGAAACUUGGGAAAAUGGGGAAUCAUCUCUAAUCAUGAACAAGUUAAAAUGUCCUCAUUGUAGCUAUGUAGCCAAAUACAGACGAACACUAAAAAGGCACUUGCUCAUUCAUACGGGAGUGAGAUCAUUUAGCUGUGAUAUUUGCGGAAAGCUGUUUACUCGAAGAGAACAUGUAAAAAGACAUUCCCUGGUGCAUAAAAAGGAUAAAAAAUACAAAUGUAUGGUGUGUAAGAAGAUCUUCAUGUUAGCAGCCAGUGUUGGAAUAAGACAUGGAUCUCGACGCUAUGGUGUUUGUGUAGAAUGUGCAGAUAAAUCACAGCCAGGAGGGCAAGAAGGUGUAGAUCAGGGACAGGAUACAGAUUUCCCUCGGGAAGAAGAAUAUGAGGAGAACGAAGUAGGAGAAGCUGAUGAAGAGCUGGUUGAUGAUGGAGAAGAUCAGAAUGAUCCAUCUCGAUGGGAUGAAUCAGGAGACGUUUGUAUGUCUCUAGAUGAUUAACUGAUCUACUGUUCUCCUCAAGGAUGCUGCAUAUUUGGACAUAAAAAUCGACAAUUUGAAUUGUUGAACUUGAAGGCUUGCAAAAUAUGGUACAUGCUGGAUGGUAGUUAUGUUGCUGUGAAAACUGUAGGGUCAAAGCCUUAUAGCAAAAAAAAUUUUUUUAUAUUUGCACAGGACUGUACAGCAAACAACCUUGUGGUUGGAUUACAUGAAGUCCCCACACCUUCAGUCAGUUAUCAAAGUAAAAAUAUUUUUUAUUUAUAGGAUAUGCCGUAACUUUUUGGGUCUUAUGAAAAUAUAGUAUCUGUCCUUGCAGAGCUUACAUUCAUGUGUCAUUUUAACAUGAAUGAAGAAAAUCCAUUUAUGGAAGUACAGUGACAGCUGACCCAGUCACUCUGUCCAUCAAACCACUCAGGCUAGUUUGUACUAGUAGAGUUUUGUUUCUAUUUUUAUUAUUAUUAUUAUUAUUUUUAAUACAGAUUUUCAGUGAGGGGAUUUUUCAACCCCAUUGGUUCUCCUUUCUUGUAUUUCCAUUUUAAUUUGCUCCAUAACUUAAACCAAGUCUUUUCUAGUCUUAGCUAUUAUUUCUCAGUUUUGUGCUGAUGGGCAUGUUUAUAAGAACUGGAGAGGUAAUUUAUUGGAAUGAACUAACUGACUUCCUCCAUUCCCCCUUUCCUUUUUGACAUGAAUUUUACUACUUCACAAAUGUAGAAUGAUGUUGCAAA